AAUAUUCACGAUCCCCGCAAUCCCAACCACCUCAGCAUCUCAACAGAUCAUAAUUGAAAGAUGGGAGACCCUUCUACAGGCACAGCACCUGUCGCCACGCCCACAACUGACAGCCAGGAACACGCUGGAGAUACGUAUGAAGUACCAGCAUACGAAGCUCACUCGUCGUUUACAGCGUUGAAAGAGCGCAUUCGACAUCACUACGAGCUAGCCAGCGACUAUUACUACUCUCUAUGGGGCCAACAUAUCCACCAUGCAUACUUCCAAUCCGAAAAUGACACCAAAGAAACCGGACAAGUGAAUCUGAUUAAUCUACUGUUAUCAAUUUCCCAACUUUCGCCCAACAGCACCGUUCUCGAUGUCGGUUGUGGCAUUGGAGGUACGACCCGCCACCUGGCCAAAGAUCUCGGCUGCACCGUCACCGGUAUCACCAUUAGUGGUCGACAAGUCGCUAUCGCCAAUCGUAUUACCCUCGACGAGGCAAAUAGCGAUGGCACUGCUGCCAACGCCAAUGCCGACCAAACCGAUACUGCAUCCUUCCACCCACUAGGCACACUCGGCGGUCGCGUCAAGUACAUGGAACUCGACGCCGAGACAAUGGAAGCGCAUUUCUCUGCUUCUAGCUUCGACGCCGUGUGGAUUUCCGAAGCUCUCAGCCAUUUCCCGGAUAAGGCGUUAUUCUUCCGCAACGCCAGCCGAGUAUUGAAAUCAGGAGGAAAACUCGUCAUUGCUGAUUGGUUCAAGGCGGAGGAAGACGAGUUGAAGGGUGUUGUUGGUGGAGAUGAUGAUAUUAAAUUGAUUGAAGACGGCAUGCUUCUCCCUCCACUUAACACCUCCUCCCAAUAUGUAUCUAUGGCCGGAACCGCGGGGCUCAAGGUCCUUCACCCCCCGAAGGAUAUCAGCAAAGAUGUCGCAAGGACAUGGGAUAUCUCAUGGCAACUCGUGUCGUCUCCAUCUCUAUGGGAAUUUGCUAUAAGUCAAGGCCGAGACGGUCUUGCUUUCCUUCAGGCUUUUAGGGCCAUGCGUCGCGGAUACGCUAAUGGGGCUUUCCGUUAUGCUGUCAUGGCGUUUGAGAAGGCGUGACCUCUGGCUUAAGUAGAGAUGUAUCUUUGAUGCGGGUUAAUGGUGUCUUGAGAUGUGCACGCACGGAAGAGAAGUAGGUAUGUUAGGGAAGAUGUGGAUGGUGCGAGAUACUUAUGAGGUAGAUAUGAAAUAGGUUAGUAGGUAAUGACUAGUAGCCAUGACAUUUAUGGUCUAACGUCCCAGAUGACAAGUCGG